ACGCGACAUUUGUGAAGUUGUAUUAAUCGAGCCUAGUCUAGGCCUCCUGUUAAUUUUCAGAAUUAUUGUACGCAGCUUGUUUCGUUUUCUAAGCACCACUGUUCCAUACAUAAACGGGAUAUUCUCCCAAUUUUUGCUAUCUUGCUUGCUUCAUAUUUUAUUUUAUAAUGGCACCACUGCGAUGGGGUUUAAUCGGAACCGGGAAUAUCAGCAAUGAUUUUGCUGUGUCCUUGCAUAGCCUUCCCAGAGAUGAACACGAAAUGGUAUGUGUUUCUGCUGGAAAUGCGGAAAAAGCCGAAGCGUUUGCGAAAACGUUUUCCAUUCCCAAGUUUUAUGGGAAAUACGAAGAUGUGGUGUCGGAUCCCAACGUUGACAUCGUUUACGUGGGAACGGUCAAUUCCAGCCAUUACCAGCUAUCAAAACUAGCCCUUGAGAACAAUAAACACGUGCUCUGUGAAAAACCGCUGACCCUCCUGUUGAAACAUACCGAGGAGCUGAUCGCACUAGCAAAACAAAAAGGAAAAUUCUUUUUAGAAGGCGUCUGGAGUCGUUUCUUUCCAUCGUACAGAAGGCUGCGCGAAGAAAUUGCAGCUGGAACAAUUGGCGACAUAAAAUUUAUUUCCGCGAGCUUUGGAUUAAAUAAUUGGAUUGUGGAUUUAUUUGCCAAGAAAGACCGGGGAGGCGGGAGUAUGAUGGACAUUGGGAUCUAUCCAAUCCAGUUUGCCGUCGCUGUUUAUGGUUCGGAGAUUCCAAAAACGGUUAAAGCGUGCGGCAUCUUAAGUCCAGGCGGUGUCGACAUGUGCGAAUCCAUAAUCUUGCAGUACGAAGACGGUAGGAUGGCGCAGUUAAUGUCAAGCUUUAUCAAUGAUCCACCAAAUGAUGCGCACGAUUUUUGGGAGCAAAGGAAAUAUAAAGCUUCCAAAUCCCAUGUGGUGUCCGUCAGAGAUUGUCAUCAAUAACGAAACGUUCAAGUUUCCUUUGCCGGAGGUUGAUAUGAAGACUAUGUAUACAAAUAUGUCCGGAUUGAUAUACGAAAUUCAGGAAGUCCGGCGUUGCAUAACCGAAAAUUUGACAGAAACUCCAUUAAUGACGCACAAGGAAAGU